AAAAACCCCAGAGAGAAGCGGACAUAGACGGCUGUAUGGGAACGUCGGUUCAGGUGACGCCACUGUGUGGAGUUUACAAUGAAAAUCCACUCUCUUACCUCGUCUCCAUUGACGGCUUCAAUUUCCUCAUUGAUUGUGGUUGGAAUGACCAAUUUGAUACUUCCCUUCUCGAACCCCUUUCCAGGGUGGCUUCAACGGUGGAUGCUGUAUUGCUUUCACACCCUGAUACAUUUCAUCUUGGUGCUUUGCCCUAUGCCAUGAAACAACUUGGUCUUUCUGCUCCUGUUUAUGCUACUGAACCAGUCUACAGGCUAGGGUUACUAACUAUGCGUGAUCAGUAUUUCUCACGCAAGCAAGUUUCAGAGUUUGAUUUAUUCACCUUGGAUGACAUUGAUUCUGCAUUCCAAAAUGUGACCAGAUUAACCUACUCUCAAAAUCAUUACAUGUCUGGAAAAGGAGAAGGAAUCGUGAUUGCUCCACUGGUAGCUGGUCAUCUGUUAGGAGGUACCACCUGGAGGAUAACAAAAGAUGGGGAGGAUGUCAUAUACGCUGUUGACUUUAAUCACCGUAAGGAAAGGCAUUUGAAUGGGACUGUUUUAGAGUCUUUUGUCCGUCCAGCUGUUCUAAUAACAGAUGCCUUUAAUGCUUUAAACAAUCAACCUUCUAGGCGCCAAAGGGACCAAGAGUUUCUGGAUGCCAUAGAGAAAACUGUAAAUGUUGGGGGAAAUGUAUUACUACCUGUUGAUACUGCUGGUCGAGUUUUGGAGCUCAUCUUGACAUUGGAACAGCACUGGGCACAAAAACAGUUAUCCACUCCCAUAUAUUUUCUGUCAUAUGUAUCCUCAAAAACUAUUGACUUUGUAAAGAGCUUCCUUGAGUGGAUGAGCGAUUCAAUUGCAAAAUCUUUUGAGCACACUCGUGACAAUGCUUUUCUUUUAAGGAAAAUUAAGCUCGUGACCAAUAAGAGUGAUCUUGAAGAAGCUCCUGGGCCGAAGGUUGUUAUGGCUUCCAUGGCUAGUUUAGAAGCUGGAUUUUCGCAUGACCUCUUUGUUGAGUGGGCUGCUGAUCCAAAGAAUCUUGUUAUGUUCACCGAGCGAGGGCAGUUUGGCACAUUGGCACGUAUACUUCAGUCAGAUCCACCUCCUAAAGCUGUUAAAGUUACUAUGUCACGGAGAAUUCCCUUGGUUGGUGAGGAGUUGGCUGCUUAUGAGGAGGAGCAGAAUAGGAUAAAAAGGGAAGAAGCUCUCAAAGCUACACUCGUUAAAGAGGAGGAAUCAAAAGCGUCUGUUGGGGCCGAAGUCGUCAUGAGUGACCCCAUGGUCGUUGAUACCAAUGUUACACUUCCUUCCUCCAAUGCUGCCGGUCUGCACAGUGGUGCUUUCAAGGACGUGUUGAUUGAUGGAUUUGUUCCACCAUCAUCUAGCGUAGCCCCAAUGUUCCCUUUCUAUGAUAACACCUCUGAGUGGGAUGACUUUGGUGAGGUCAUCAAUCCAGAUGAUUAUGUGGUCAAAGAUGACAACAUGGAGCAGUCGUCAAUGCAUGUUGAUGGAGAUCUAAACGGAAAACUUGAUGAAGGAUCAGCUAACCUAAUCCCUGAUACAACACCCUCAAAGGUCGUAUCAUCCGAGUUAACAGUCCAAGUCAAGUGUUCCUUGUUGUACAUGGACUUCGAAGGUCGCUCUGAUGGCCGUUCAAUCAAAUCAAUUCUUGCUCAUGUUACGCCCUUAAAGCUUGUCUUGGUGCAUGGAUCAGCUGAAGCCACUGAGCAUUUGAAGCAACAUUGUCUGAAACAUGUUUGUCCGCAUGUAUAUGCUCCCCAGUUGGAAGAAACAAUUGAUGUGACUUCAGAUUUGUGUGCUUAUAAGGUCCAACUUUCUGAGAAGUUAAUGAGCCAAAUUCUUUUUAAGAAGCUUGGAGACUACGAAAUAGCAUGGGUUGAUGCUGAAGUGGGGAAGACAGAAAGUGACAUGUUCUCUUUACUUCCUCUUUCCGGACCUGCUCCACCACAUAAAACAGUUCUCGUCGGAGAUAUAAAAAUGUCUGAUUUCAAGCAAUUUCUAGCCAGCAAGGGUGUCCAGGUAGAAUUUGGUGGCUGGGCUUUACGUUGCGGGGAGUAUGUGACCAUUCGCAAAGUUGGUGAUGCUAGUCAAAAGGUUGGAGGUGCUGCGAUUCAGCAAAUCGUGCUUGAAGGCCCAUUAUCUGAAGAGUACUAUAAAAUUCGAGAGUACCUAUAUUCACAUUUUUAUUCCCUCUAAUCUGAAGAGCAGAGUAACUCUUUGUAUUUGUACCAUAAUGUAGAUGUGGCUAUUUUCCUAUUAGUAGUUUGUAACUAUAUUCUAUUUGGUUUUGGAAAGUUCAUAAUUAUUGGAGUAGUAUAUCCUGCCGGCAAUGUUGGCUGUUGAAUUUACGCUAAAUGGCAAUCCUGAAAGAAAAUUUUGGACUACUCA